AUGGAAUACCUGCCUGACUGCCGAGGCUCCGAAGAAGUUGCGUACAUCGAGGAAAUUGUCAAUCUUACAUGGCAUGUCGAUCCUCCGUCUUUCCCGAUUGGAUCUAACGAAGAAAUCAAGCUAAACGACAUGACAAUCACAAAGACGCGAUAUGAAAAAUGUGCGGGCCCGUAUCCGAUGUUUCGCGGAUCAGGUAAGCAUUUACAUAAUCGAUAUCAUUUCAAAAGCAGCUUGCUGUUGAACCAUAACUAA